AGCCAGAAAUAUUUGAAAAUCAAAAUGUACUUCAGCAGCUUCGAUGGAGUUAUGGAGGCAAUUAGGAUAAGCUGCGCUGGGUUCCCCACUCGGAAGCCAUUUGACGAAUUUGUUAAUCGUUUUCGUAUCCUUGUCCCCGAGAUUAUGACCGACAGUAACAAUGAGAUCGCCGUUUGCAAAAGCAUUUUAGAGAAGGCUGGUCUCAAAGGUUAUCAGAUUGGUAAAACAAAGGUGUUUCUUAGAGCUGGUCAGAUGGCAGAUUUAGAUGCUCACAGAAAUGAGGUCCUUGGAAGGUCUGCAUGCACUAUCCAGAAAAAUGUCCGCACAUAUUAUACCCGCAAAAGUUUUAUCAUGUUGCAGGGUUCAGCAAUAGGAAUCCAGGCUGUGUGCAGAGGUCAACUUGCACGCAGCCUCUAUGAGCGCAAGAGGAAGGAAGCAGCUUCUUUGACGAUUCAGAAGUAUGGACGAAUGCAUCUUUCAAGGACAGCUUAUAUAUUGUUGUGGAAUUCAGCUGUUUCCAUACAGACUGUGUUGCGCCAAAGGGCUGCACGUAACGAGCUUAAAUAUAGAAAAGAAACAAAAGCAGCCAUCUUAAUUCAGAGACAUGGCCGUGGACACUUCGCACACCUUCAUUACAGGAUGGUGGUAAAAGCUGCAAUUGCAACACAAUGUGCAUGUAGGGUAACACUUGCCCGAAGAGAACUAUACGCGCUCAAAAUGGCAGCAAAGGAAGCAGAUGCUCUGCAAAAACAAGUGGAAGAGCUCACCCAGCAAUUGCAAGUGGAGAAGCGCAUGAGGGUUGAAAUGGAGGAAUGCAAAACACAUGAAAUUUCCAAACUACAGUCUGCUUUAGAAAAAAUGCAGUUUCAACUAGAAGAAUCCAAGAAGAUGAACAUGCAGGAACAAAGGAUUGAAAAUAUUGAUGAAAAGGUGCUUGUUGCAAAAGAGGUCAAGGUCGAUAAUCGUGAUGAUCACGAAAUGAUCAAUAAGCUUACUGCUGAAAAUGUGAAGCUUAAGGCUUUGGUUACCUCAUUGGAGAGUGAAAUUGAUGAGACAAACAAACUUAGUGAAGAACGAUUGAAGCAGGUUAUGGAGGCGGAAUCCAAAGUGAUCGAAUUAAAGACCGACAUGCAGAGAAUUAAUGAGAAGCUUUCUGAUAUGGAAACUGAAGUCCACAUACUCAGGCAAGAAGCUUUAUUGAAUCCGGGGUCCAAAAGAACGUCAGAACAUCUAACAGUAUCACAUGAGCUUUCAGAGAAUGGUCUUCAAGAAUCUGAAACACUAUCACCUAACGAACAUGGCGCAGAAUCAGAUAAGCAGCUGAGUAGAACCCAAAACGAGAGGCAGCGGGAGAAUGUCGAUACUAUUAUCAAAUGUGUCUCUGGAGAUCUUGGGUUCAGUAAGGGAAAACCAGUUGCAGCAUUUACAAUAUACAAAUGCCUUCUUCACUGGAAAUCCUUUGAAGCAGAGAAAACUAAUGUUUUUGACCGUCUAAUUCAGAUGAUUGGUACUGCUAUAGAGGAUGAGACGGACAAUAAUCACAUUGCAUAUUGGCUAUCAAACACAUCUAUGUUAUUGUUUCUGCUCCAAAAGACACUAAAGGCGUCUGCUUCAAGUCAACCUCAAACUUCCCAGCCAACAUCUUUUUUUGGAAGGAUGUUCAGGUCAUCAUUUACUUCAUCCAGCCUUUCAAUUCGGGGACUUGAUGGCAUCCAACUGGUUGAAGCAAAGUAUCCUGCUUUGCUAUUUAAGCAACAGCUCACUGCCUAUGUAGAAAAGAUAUAUGGAAUUCUAAGAGAUAACAUGAAAAGGGAUCUUUCACAACUACUUACGUCAUGUAUUCAGGUUCCUCAAACAGAAAAUGAAAACUCAACAAUAAGUCCAUGGCAAAGCAUCAUUGGGAGCCUUAAUGGACUUCUCACUGCACUGAAAGGAAAUUAUGUGUUUCCAUUUCUUAUCCAGAACAUUUUUGCCCAAAUCUUCUCUCAUAUGAAUGUACAGUUAUUUAACAACCUCCUUUGCAAAGAAGGCUGUUGCAACAAAAGAGUAUGUGGGCUCCUCUUGGGAUGAGUUAAAGCAUGUAAGGCAGGCUGUAGGAUUCUUGGUUCUCCAGGAUAAAGAGAAAGUUUCCUAUGAUGACCUAACAACUGACUUGUGCCCUGUUUUGAGUAGCCAACAGCUUUAUAGAAUAUGUACCAUAUGUUCAGAUGAGAACAAUACUAAAACCGUGUCCUCAGAUGUAAUUUCACACAUUAAGGUACUAGCAUCAUCAGAGGAUUCAGAAGACACCGACAGAAACUAUUCAUAUGCCUUGGAUGAGAAUUUGAGCAUCCCUUUCUCAGCAGAUGGCCUUAACAUCUCCCUCAAGGAUAUUGAUUUCAUUGGGGUAAAACCUGCUGAGGAACUCCUUGAGAAUCCCGCCUUUGAAUUUUUACGCGAAUAAUUAAGGCAGUGGCUU